AUGACCACGCUAUGCCUGUCCGCGAGCACAGCAUCCUUUCGGGCGUUGCGAGCUCGGUCGAGCCUCUCGGAUGGUGCCAGUGUUUCUUCUCCGGCGCGGCUAUCCCCGGCGAGCAGCGCAGCCAAAUCCGUGAAGCUGGAAACUCUCAGUGGAUGCAAGCUUGGGAUUGCCUGGUAUCCAGAUUUCGCUUACAACGCCGAUGGUGGAGGAGGUAGCGCGUGCUCGGUGGAAGAUUUGGAGCGGGGAAGAUUGGCUGUGCGGUUCGACCCAAGCUCCGUUUCCAUUCCAGCUCUGAGUUUCUCCACCACCAAGUUGCUGGGACUUCCACUUCCACCUCCGCUACGUAUAGAGAUCAAGCCGCAAGCUCUGGAAGGAGUGAUUGAUCGACACUCAGGAAAGGUGGAGCUUAGAUUCAUCGCGGAGUUUUUCUUCACCGCAGGUCCAGUGUAUAGAGCUCCAGCUCUUGUCGUGGAUACGCUCCUCACGACGGGAAGUUCCAGUGGGAAGCACAGGAGCGGCCAGGGAAUCGCCAUGGAUGAGAACGGGAGCUGCAAGCUCGUAGGCACUGCAGUCAUCGACAAAGUUAGCGAUGGGUUCCUCGAUGCGUUUCUGGCGCUCCCGAGUGAGUGCCUUGCUGAAAUGUACGCACGGAUAACAGUAACUUGA